UGUUACCUUGCUUAUCGGUCUUUCCGAUAGAACACGACUUGCUGCAACCCCUCGUUCCGUUUGUCUCGGAAUCUCCGCCCGCCGCCACCGCCUGCUGCUCUUCAACCAACCUCUCUCUGCUCUUUUAUUACUUGCCAAACGCCUUCGACUCAGGCAAAGACUCCCACGAAAGUACUAAACAUACCGAAUCGUAUCAGCGACCGUCAAGAUGACGUCUCCCCGCCGCCGGAUCGAGACAGAUGUCAUGAAGAUGCUCAUGAGCGACUACGAAGUGACCUUGGUCAACGAUAACAAGUUCUACGUGCGAUUCAAGGGACCUGCGGAAACUCCCUUCGAAGGCGGAGUUUGGAAGGUGCACGUCGAGUUGCCAGACCAGUACCCCUACAAGUCCCCGAGCAUCGGCUUCGUUAACCGGAUCUUCCACCCGAAUAUCGAUGAACUGUCGGGAUCGGUUUGCCUGGACGUCAUCAACCAGACGUGGUCGCCUAUGUACGACAUGAUCAAUAUUUUCGAGGUCUUCCUUCCGCAGCUGCUGCGCUAUCCGAACCCGUCCGACCCCCUGAACGGAGAGGCAGCCGCCUUGUUGAUGAGGGAGCCUAAGAGUUAUGACCAAAAAGUCAAGGAAUACGUCCAAAGGUAUGCCAGUAAGGAGGCUGCGGACGAGGCCGGCGCCGAGAGCGAAGACGACGACGACCUCUCUUCGGUACCGAGCUAUGACGACGACGACGAAGAACAGGCUGCGGGUCAGAUGGACGACGUAUGAUAGCGUGAGCGAGACCGGAGGAGCAUCUCCGGGGGUCACGGCAUGGAAAGCGGUCAAUACUUAUCAUACCUCAUUUUUUCUAGCGAUGGACUUGCAUUUUUCUCAUGGAGUUGUAUAUGGUGGGCUCUGGUGUUUGUGUUUUGUAUCUACAAAUUUCCCUUUCCUUGCUUCUC